AUGCCCCGAUGCCCGUAUGCCCCGAUGCCACGAUGCCCCGAUGCCCCGAUGCCCGUAUGCCCCGAUGCCACGAUGCCCCGAUGCCCCGUAUGCCCCGAUGCCACGAUGCCCCGAUGCCCCGAUGCCCGUAUGCCCCGAUGCCCCUAUGCCACGAUGCACCGAUGCCACGAUGCCACGAUGCACCGAUGCCCCGAUGCCCCUAUGCCACGAUGCACCGAUGCCCCGAUGCCCCGAUGCCCCGAUGCCACGAUGCACCGAUGCCACGAUGCACCGAUGCCCCGAUGCCACGAUGCCCCGAUGCCACGAUGCCCCGAUGCCACGAUGCCACGAUGCCCCGAUGCCCCGAUGCCCCGAUGCACCGAUGCCCCUAUGCCACGAUGCCCCAAUGCCACGAUGCCCCUAUGCCCCUAUGCCACGAUGCCCCUACGCCACGAUGCCACGAUGCCACGAUGCCCCAAUGCCACGAUGCCACGAUGCCACGAUGCCCCGAUGCCACGAUGCCACGAUGCCCCUAUGCCACGAUGCCCCGAUGCCACGAUGCCACGAUGCCCCUAUGCCACGAUGCCCCUAUGCCACGAUGCCCCGAUGCCACGAUGCCCCUAUGCCACGAUGCCCCUAUGCCACAAUGCACCGAUGCCCCUACGCCACGAUGCCCGAUGCCACGAUGCCCCUAUGCCACGAUGCCCCGAUGCCCCGAUGCCACGAUGCCACGAUGCCACGAUGCCCCUAUGCCACGAUGCCCCGAUGCCACGAUGCCCCGAUGCCACGAUGCCACGAUGCCCCUACGCCACGAUGCCACGAUGCCCCAAUGCCACGAUGCCACGAUGCCACGAUGCCCCUAUGCCACGAUGCCACGAUGCCCCUAUGCCCCGAUGCCCCGAUGCCACGAUACCCCUAUGCCACGAUGCCCCGAUGCCCCUAUGCCACGAUGCCACGAUGCCCCUACGCCACGAUGCCCCGAUGCCACGAUGCCACGAUGCCCCUAUGCCCCUAUGCCACGAUGCCCCGAUGCCACGAUGCCACGAUGCCCCUAUGCCACGAUGCCCCAAUGCCACGAUGCCACGAUGCCACGAUGCCCCAAUGCCACGAUGCCACGAUGCCCCGAUGCCCCUAUGCCCCGAUGCCACGAUGCCACGAUGCCCACGCCACGAUGCCACGAUGCCACGAUGCCACGAUGCCCCAAUGCCACGAUGCCCCGAUGCCACGAUGCCCCAAUGCCACGAUGCCCCGAUGCCCCGAUGCCCCGAUGCCCCGAUGCCCCUAUGCCCCGAUGCCCCUAUGCCCCGAUGCCGGAGUUCAGGGAGGGUCGCCGCUGCUCUUUCGCUGGACGGACGGAACAGAUAG